AUGCUGUUCGCCACACCACCAAAACCACCAAGACCAUCCACCGACAGUGUUCCGUCCUCUUCUCCUACCAGUGUUUCGGAUCAUCCUGCUGGUCAAGACAUGAUGAAAGAAAGAAGUAUGCCACAUCCUCGAUCCUGCAUUUUGACGGUUGGAGCCACGGCUGGCAAACUCUGCAUGCUGGCCAAUACGCACAUGCCAUCCGACCCGACCAUGACCCCAGUAAUGGACAAACAGGAGGAAUUGGCAGCCUGCAUGAGCGAGUUGCUGCAAGCGUUACUGGAGACGGCCAAGAGUCUUAAUUUGGAUUUGAUUCGAAGCAUUCACAACAAAAUGGCCUUGAAUGCCAAGAAAUAUCCCGUCGAACUUUGCAAGGGCAAAGCUGGCAAGUACACUCAGUACAGCAACCAAACGGGGAUCACCAAGGACAAUCAAUCCACGGAAGAUCAUGUCGACGAUGCCACACCCCAUUCUCCCCUUUCUUUCCGUGAAAUGGCCGAGGCCUUGCCGUUGCUAACAGAAGAAAUUGCAGACUUUGCCAGCGCCCGUCAUUGGGAUCAAUACCACACUCCUCGCAAUCUCGUCUUGGCCAUGCUCGGGGAAGUGGGAGAAUUGGCGGAAUUGGUGCAAUGGAUGGGCGAUGAUGAUUCUGCGUUCGUCGAGGUAGACUCGAAGAAAUUGGACAAGUUGUCGCAAGAAUUGGCCGACGUUUCGAUUUACUUGUUGCGGAUUGUCACCGAAUGCCAAUUGGUGUCAGAGGUCAGCCAAGGGUUAUUGUCAGUACCAGCCUAG